AUGAUGAAGAUCUACCACGACGUGAUGGAAGGCGCGCUGUCAUGCUGGCUGGUCGAGCACACGUGCCCGUACAAGUCUCUGCCGUCAACUCCGAGCUCUACGAGCAGUGACAGUCAGCAGCAGUUUGGGGCAUUCCAGAACAUGCAGACGGAUUGGGGUCCAGAUUGGUCUAACCGCGUGUAUCGACGGGUCAUCAGGCUCGACCGGAUGGCAACUUCGUUGGGCCUGAAGAAACUGAGCACCGCUGAGGAGAGGAAGGUGGCGCAUGCUCUGAAUUCGGCGGUCAUGGCUUUUACGGCGCAGUGGGCACAGUCGAGUGAGAGGAGCAAAGCGCGCUGGUCUGCCGGCGACAGCCUGGAUCUUUCGCACAUAUUCCAGCCACCGGAGCCUGACCUAGAAGAAGAAUUCGACCGGACCUUGCAAAAGUCAUUUUGGAAUCAGGCUCGCAGAGCUCUGGAUGAGUGUAGCGAGAUCGACUCGUUCAGGGUGGUCUUCGCGGAGAUAAUUUUCGGCUUGACUCAGAAGUAUGCUGAGAAGUUUGCACAACAACCGGAUCAUCCUGGGGCGGCUCGAAAUGUUGACACGCCGGAAGCAGUAGAGGAAAUUCUGCGGGAUGACAGUCAACAAAUCUGGCUGGAACGAGCGACGAGGCGACUGCACGUUUUACGACGCCGUGUCGAGCUGCACGACAGGAACCUUCGGACGAAAGAGGACAAGGGUCACAGGCGAUGCGAUGACGAGUCUAAAAAGACAAUCGACCUUCUCUUCUGGUUGGCAGUCAUGUUCGACACAAUCAGCGCUGCCAUGACAGAAAGACCUCUCACCAUAUCAGACGAGGACAGUGGCAGCGUGGCUUUUGCACAGUCUUCUUCCCCUGUUACGGCGAAUGUCGCAAAGCAAUGGAACAAUAUAUUGAGCAAGGAUCAGCAAACAAAGGCCGCCGGGCUGCGUCUUCCACUCGCGGAUGAGAUUAUUGCACAGGAGCUGAUAGAUGCUGCGCCUGUCAAGGUGCUUCUCUAUCGAAAGGUCACCCGCCUCCAGUCCUUGAUCGCCCGAGAUGUAGACGGGGAGACAAUCCAGGACGCGAUAGAGGACUCGUUGAUGGUUUACCGGCACUGGGACCGUUUAUACCAACCGUUAUUUACCGACUGCAUACACCACCACCUCUCCCUCUCUGCUCGGAUACAGAGCUGGUACGUGUGUCUGCUUGGACACUGGUUGCUUGCCACUCUUCUGAUGGCGGACCUGAUCGAGUGCGUGGAUCAGCAAGCUUCGCGCGUGGAGUUUGGAUCUUGGGCGCGGACCAAGACGAGGGAAGCUCGCCACAUCCGCUCUGCCAGCGUCCGUAUGAUAUCUGACCUGGCGAAAGCCUCUACGCCCCGCCACGACGACUACGGAGAACUGGUUAACUUCCACCAUGCAGUCAGCGAUGGCGCUUUGUUGACAGAGCCUUGGACUAUGAUCUUGAUCAGGACGUUUUCUCGGGCGGCGGUAAUCCUUCUGGAAGGCAUGGGGCUGUCUGAUGUUGAUGGCAACAUUGUGUCAGAAACCUCGGUUGCUGACCUGAGGGACAAUUCUGACCGUUGUCAAGAUUGUGUGAAGGCUCUGUGGUACCUGGGACGGAAAUCCGACAUGGCGAGAGAGGUUGCGAAUGUCCUAGGACUUUCACUUCAUCGCACAAGGAUGAGAGUCCAUAUCUGA